AUGGCCAACGGUGGGAUAGGUUCACUUCAACUACCAAUGCUUACCAAGCUCAACUAUGACAAUUGGAGUAUCAAGAUAAAAGCGUUACUAGGAGCACAAGACGUGUGGGAGAUCGUGGAGAAAGGUUUCCAAGAGGCAGAAGCUGGAACCGAUCAAGCGCAAAGAGAUGCGUUAAAGGAGACAAGAAAGAAGGACAAGAAAGCCCUUUAUAUCUUGUAUCAAUCGGUGAACGAAGAUACGUUUGAGAGCAUCGCCAAUGCGGAGACGUCAAAGCCGGCAUGGGACAAGCUCCAAUCGACUCAUAGAGGAGUCGAUCGUGUGAAAAAGGAGACGGAGGUGAUAGCGGAAUAUCACACAAAAGUAAUGGUUGUCGUCAACCAAUUGAGACGGAAUGGUGAAGAAAUCACCGAUGUUCGUGUCAUGGAGAAGGAGGAGAAUAGUCAUGGACGUGGAAGAGGUCGUGGUCAUCGAGGCCAUGGUGGAUUAGGUGAAGCCAACACCGAUGUUUCUCAAAACUCGUCUGAAUCCUCAAGAGAAGAGGAGGUCGAGGUCGUGGUAGACGUGGUGGAAGGGUCGAUUGAUCGAAAGCAUCAGAACCGAUCAACCGCUAGCACAUCAAAAGCCCAUCAAGGGCAAUCCAAUUAUGCAGAGGAGAAUGGAACCUUAUUUAUGGUUUCAAAGGGAGAAGAAGAGAGUCAAGAUAGUAUGUGGUAUCUUGACACAGAAGCCUCGAAUCACAUGUUUGGAAAAUGCGAGAUGUUUGUGGAGUUGAAUGAGAUGGAGAAAGGUAAUAUUGUCUUUGGAGACAAUUCUUUGGCCGUCAUCAAAGGAAUAGGAAAAUUGUUAGAGAAAGGUUUUGAAGUUCAAAUGAAAACCAAUUGUUUGUAUUUGAGGGAUAAUCAUGAGAGACUUAUUGCUAAAGUCUCCAUGAUCAAAAACCGAAUGUUUCCUUUGAAUAUAUGUAAUGAUGUUCCAAAAUGCUUGAAGACGUGUUAUGAAGAUCUCUCUUGGCUAUGGCAUCUAUGGUUCGGGCACCUCAAUUUUGAAAGUCUAGAAGAUUUGUCGAAGAAGAAGAUGGAAAAAUCAGAAGUAUUUGAAAUCUUCAAGAGAUUUAAGGCACGUGUGGAGAAUGAAAGCAACCAUACAAUCAAGGCCAUGAGAACCGAUCAAGGUGGUGAAUUCACAUCAAAUGAGUUCAAACAAUUUUGUGAUGAAAAAGGCAUCCCACGUCCGUUAACAGUCCUAAGGACACCACAACAAAAUGGUGUGGUAGAGAGGAAGAAUCGGACAAUCUUGAACAUGGCAAGAAGCAUGCUAAAGACAAAGAAGAUGUCGAGGGAAUUUUGGGUGCUUGGGAGUAUUGCAUAUGCUCAUGUGUCGGAAGAAAAAAGAACCAAGCUCGAUGAUCAAAGCGAGAAACUCAUCUUCAUCGGCUAUGAUUCAAAUUCAAAGGGUUAUCGUCUUUACAAUCCUUUGAAUGGGAAGGAGGAGGAGUAUGAUUUCCUUCCAUAUUUUGAAGAAGACGAUGAAAAUGAGCCGACCAGGGAUGGAAUGGGUGAAGGUUUGCCCAUUCCAGUGCCACCUCAUUCGACCGAUCGAUCAUCUUCUAAAGGUUCAUCCAGCGAUUCAGAGAACGAAAUUGGCCCAAGAGGAACUCGAAGUCUAUGGGAACUUAAUGAGCCUAUUAGUUUCCAAGAAGCCAUUGCAAGCAAGAAAUGGAAGGAUGCAAUGGAUGAAGAAAUUCGAGCGAUAGAGAAAAAUGACACAUGA